GCCGCGGUUUCAGUAUAAACAAGGCGCCCGGCGGGUCGGGCGGGUUUUUCUCUCCGUCUUCGCGCGCUGCGGCCGCCUGUCCUCGGGUCGCGCUGGUGGCGCGCGGCAAAGCGCCGGGGAGCCGAAGACCCGGGUCCGUCCGCAGGGAAGCAUGCCUCAGACGCCGCCCUUCUCGGCCAUGUUCGACAGCAGCGGUUACAACCGGAACCUGUACCAGGCGGCGGAGGCCGGCUGCGCGGGCCUGUGCUACCACGACAACAACCUCCUGUCCGGGUCUCUGGAAGCGCUCAUCCAGCACUUGGUGCCCAACGUGGAUUACUAUCCGGACAGAACGUACAUAUUUACCUUCCUCCUCAGUUCUCGGUUGUUCGUGCAUCCGUAUGAGUUAAUGGCCAAAGUUUGCCACUUAUGUGUUGAGCACCAGAGACCAAGUGAUCCCAGCAGUGACAAGAACCAGAUAAGAAAAAUUGCACCCAAAAUCCUUCAGCUCCUGACGGAAUGGACGGAAACGUUUCCUUAUGAUUUUCGGGAUGAAAGAAUGAUGAGAAACUUGAAGGAUCUGGCUCACCAAAUAGCCAGCGGCGAGGAGACGUACCGGAAGAACGUCCAUCAGAUGAUUCAGGGUCUGGUCCGCAAACUGGCCACGCUCAGCCAGUACGAGGAAGUCCUGGCCAAAAUCAGCUCCACGUCCACGGAUCGGCUCACGGUUCUCAAGACCAAGCCCCAGUCCAUUCAGAGGGACAUCAUUACCGUCUGCAGUGACCCUUACACUCUGGCUCAGCAGCUGACUCACAUCGAGCUGGAAAGGCUCAAUUAUAUUGGGCCAGAAGAAUUUGUUCAGGCGUUUGUGCAGAAGGACCCUUUGGACAAUGACAAGAGCUGCUACAGUGAACGGAAGAAAACCCGAAACCUGGAGGCGUAUGUGGAAUGGUUCAACCGGCUCAGCUACCUGGUUGCCACCGAGAUCUGCAUGCCCGUGAAGAAGAAGCAUCGGGCAAGGAUGAUCGAGUAUUUCAUCGACGUAGCUCGGGAGUGUUUCAACAUCGGCAACUUCAAUUCUCUGAUGGCCAUAAUCUCCGGCAUGAACAUGAGCCCCGUGUCUCGACUGAAAAAAACAUGGGCUAAAGUGAAGACUGCAAAGUUUGAUGUCCUUGAGCAUCAGAUGGACCCUUCCAGUAAUUUCUACAACUACCGAACAGCUCUUCGUGGGGCAGCGCAAAGGUCUUUAACGGCUCACAGCAGCCGAGAGAAGAUCGUGAUACCAUUCUUCAGUCUUUUAAUCAAAGAUAUUUACUUCCUCAACGAGGGCUGUGCCAACCGCCUUCCGAACGGCCACGUCAACUUCGAGAAAUUUUGGGAACUGGCCAAACAAGUGAGUGAGUUCAUGACGUGGAAACAGGUGGAGUGUCCGUUUGAGAGGGACCGGAAGAUCCUGCAGUAUCUGCUCACGGUGCCGGUCUUCAGUGAGGACGCGCUCUACCUGGCUUCCUACGAGAGUGAAGGACCUGAAAAUCACAUAGAGAAGGACCGAUGGAAGUCCUUACGGUCCAGCCUCUUAGGCAGAGUUUGAGGAGCGGGCGCUGACCGUGGCUGCCGCUGAGCCGCGUGGACCUCCGAGGGCUGCGUCUCCCGCACCCAGUUCUGCAGAGUGUCCCGUAGUCCCCGCAAGCAGGCCGGCUCCGGGCAGACGGGGACGCGCGUCCCAUGGCCGGCGGAUGACUGGGACUCUGGGAGACGGAGAUGUUCACGGAAGACGCCUGAGAAAGAAUUCUCUGCCGGCGCGGCCCGUGAUUCAUCUUCUGGAAUUUCCAUGUGAAUCACAGCUCUGCACCUGGACGGAGCUUUCUUCUGUGUGUGUUUGUGUUUUGUUUUUUGUUUUUUUUUUUUUGCUUGAACAUUUGCUGCUAAUGGGACUUGCCCAGCUGAGGGCUGGCUCUUAGGAAGCCCGUGUUUCCUUAACUUAAGUGAAGAAGGGAGAGGAGGGAGGGGAGAAAACCUUCGCUGUGGAUCCGGACUUGAGCUCCAGGGCCUUGCCCGGAGCAGGAAGACGGGUUCAGCGCGGACUCAACGUCGGUUCCCCGCAGUGUGUGCUGCGCUUCCUGCGUUUCCGGUUCCUCUGCUCCCUCUUCCCACAAGAUUUUGAGUUGGCUGCUGGUUAGCAAACUCCUUUUUACCCAUAUAAGUUAUUUAAUAUAAUGAAGCUCAACACUAUGGUUGGAAAAUAGCCACUGGGGAAAAAAGCAGCAGACUGUCGUGGGACUGCUUGCGUUCUAGAAGGACUGUUGGUUUUCUCUGCCUUCUGAGCUGUUUACAACUGACCACUGUGUUCUACAGAUGUAUUUUUCAGUAGCUGUUUUGUUACUUAGUUUUCCAUCAUGCCUAUUUUUUCCCUCUUGUAAAUCUAAAUUAUCUGACUUUAAGAGUCUUGGAAAAAACCCAUGGCCUAAUUACAACUUAAUUUUUUGAGCAGACUGUUCUUUUUCAUUAUGUUUGGGAGUCUGUUGGUGACUAAACACGUGAACCCGCGCCUCCACUGCGGCCGUGAAGGAAAACAAAUGACAAACAUCUUGCUGUUAACUCAAAGGUCGAUCUAAUUGUGAAGUAGUUCACCUUGUUAAACAUCUCAAUAAGCCUGUCCUUGCUCUGCAAACAGCCAUCCUGUGUGUUUACUCUAGGAGAAACUGUAGAGUAGUAAACUGCUAAUGAAGAAAACAAAACACCAUGUUCAAAACCAGAGACGUAUCUGAGAACUUAAUGACGCGGUUUCCCAAAACAGAGCAUGUGUGUGUGCUGCACGCCUUCCCCGCAGACCGAACGUGUCGCCAAGUUGUCCCUUUACAACCGUCAAUAUAUCUUACACUCCCCGCCGGA